GACCUACACUUUUGCUGUUUCACAACAACUGAUUUGUGUUUAUCGUGUUUAUAAAGUUCCGACCGACUGUUUUUAUAUAUAUAAAAUACUUGUCUCUUUUAAUUUUUGUAAAAGUUUUGUCAUAUGCUGACAUCAAGAAAAAGUAAUAAUAUUAAUUUAGUAAAUUUUUUUUUAAAUAUAAUUUCUUAUUUCAAAUGUUUACUAGAGAAAGGCAUAAAGAUUAAAAUGUAACAAUUUUUUUUGCAUAAUAGACAAUAAAGUAGUAAUAUCAAAUUUUUUAGAGAAACAACACGAGACUAUUUUCUCUCAAUUAAAUAAUAAAUGUCCACAUUUUCCUUAAUUAUAAUAAAAAUUGGACUAAAAAUUUGUUUUUUUAGUGUGAAAUAAUUAUCAAUUGUAUACAAAAAAAAGUGUUAUUUAUAUCAAUAUGAAUUUUUUUGGCUACUUUUAUUUGUCAGAAAAAUAUUUUUCUUCUGUUUUAUAAUUUAUAUAAAUUUAUUGUAAAUAAUUAUAUAAUUUUAAUGCCAUUUCUUUAACAUCUGCAAAGAGAUUUUAUAAUACGUAAAAUGGACAAUACAGAAGAAAAAUCUGAGGCAUUAAAAAUGUCAAAUGCAAAUCAAGUAACAGAAAUUCAAAGUCUUAGAUUGAAAAAGAAUGCCCUACAGGCUCGAAUGAAUGGAAGUCAUAAUAAAAUUACGAAGCCUUUAAUCAGCCAACGUAAUGAAACUAACCCCAGUUCAAUUUCAAAAAGUGUCCUUUCGACUAAACGUAAAAAUCCUUUUGCAAAGAAUGAGCAAAAUAAAAAAUUAAAAGACAACAACCCGGAACUAGAAACAACUUUUGAUUCGACGCUUUUUGAAUUACUUAAUCUAAAACCGUCAAAUGUAAAGAAACCAAGUCCAUUAAGGGAAACAACAUUUGAGAAUAUAUUGGACAAAUUUGAAAAUUUUGACUCCAUUCCUGAAAAGGAAGAAUUGCAUGGUGAAAAAUAUGUGCCUAUAGAUUGGACUCUACAUAAAAAAAUUAGAUUAAUGUCAGACAAGCCAUUUGCUUGGAGCGUAAAGUUGAAAACUAGCGAAGAAGCAUCCAGUACCACUGGUUUCGUGAGGUGUUUGGACAUUGGUGAAAAGGAAACAACAUUGGAUACCACUCUAAAUGCAAGGUUUCAUCGUCAUUGCUUAGUUUGGCAACAUCCAUCAAUACCAUGGAUGGAAUUAUAUCCUCGAGUUAUGGAUAAAGCAACCGGAUCUGGUGGUAGCAAUGGUCUUAUUGCAGGAAACCAAGUUAUAAAAGAUGCUUUGUAUAAGGAAUGGAAUGAAAGCUUCAGAUCGUUAUUUCAUUUAUUGCGGGCUAGACAGUGUCCAUAUUUCUACGUUUGCGCUAAUUCAUUUACAGCACUUUUUCGUGCUGCUGGAAUAUGUGGAUUAUCUGAACUUCACGCACUUUUAACUCCCACAACUCGAGGAUUUAGGAAGGCACUGAAGCAAGAAGAAAUAGAAUACACUAUGCCUUUACAAAAGAGAGCACAAUUACAUUCUGGUUUAGUAAAGAAAAGUUCGAAUAACACGAAAGAUAAUGACAAUUUUGCUGAAGUGCAAGAUCAAAAUGCUGUGUGUGAUGAAGAUGAGUUGGAUGACAAUUGGUUGCAAAGUCUUGGUGUAGAUGAAUCUGUAAUCAGAAGGCUCCACAAUUCACAGAAUAGGAUAACGUCAGAAAAAGAAAGCGAAAUUGAUAACGAGAAACAAUCAUUAAUUUUUGUGGUUGGAGUCGAAGCUCAAGCAUUAUUUAAUUUUCUAAUUAACUGUAAAUCUGCCACAACAACAAUAGGAAAUAUGGCAGGAAUACCUCCUACUCUUCUGGCACCAGUGGCGUUUAACGGAGCUACACUUAAGUCAUUAAAGGUCCGUGAAAAUCAAGUGCUGGUUGACAACAAUAAAUUCUUUUCUUUAGAAUUAAAAGGUGCUUUAAUGCCACAUGUAAUGCCAGCUCUAUGUUCUUUGAUGAAAACAAGUGAACGUAAAUAUUUUUCAAUAAGUUGUGCACAAUUGGGUUCAACAUCGUCUUUUUCGAGAGCUAAGCAUGGUCAAGGUGAAGAAGAAUUGAAACCAAAUGAAAGGUUCCCUCAAAGUGUAUUUGGUCAGGAAAAUCUGAGUGAUUGUGGCUUUAGUAAAGAAUUGCUGGAACACUUCUGCAAUCCAGACCCAAAUAGAAUACACAUUGUUGAAAAUUUGAAAUUUUCAAAUGAUUUGUAUUCGUGGACGUAAAACUAUCAUGAAAGAGAAAUUAUUUUUUCUUACUGACUUUUUAAAUAAAUUUCUUAUCGUCUAAUAAUAUUAGUGCAAUAUACGUGUAAAUAAAUAUUUUUCUAUUUAUUGUAUUUAAUAAUACUUUUUUAAAUGAUAGUUUGAUGAAUCUAAAGUCUUUGUGACGCAUUUUGAUGUGAAAUUAUCAAGAUUCUGUGAAUCUAAAUACAUACACAAUUGGCAUGA